AUGGACGAAUUUCAGCGUGAUUUGGAAAAGAACUCUGCUAGCAAGACAUCUGCAACAACUUCAUCGAUAGCAUCUGAUUUUGUGUCCUUCAAAACUUUUAUUGUAACCGCAUUAAACACCCUGCAGCAACAAAUGGAGUUUCUUAGACUGGAAAUGGAUCGUCAGGAGAUGCGAAGGAGGCGUAAGAUCUUGCUCUUCCAUGGAAUUCCCGAGGUGAAAUCAGAAGACCUUAUCGGUCGUGUAACCACAGCUGUUGCUGAACAUCUGAAUCUGCCUAAUUUUUCAAGUACCAGCAUCAAGUCCAGCUAUCGCCUUGGCCGCACAUCGGAAAGCAGAGCUAGGCCGGUAGUUGUAAAGUUCGCCGAAGUUUCUGUCCGUGACAAAGUGUGGUUCGCGAAAACUAAGUUUAAGGGUACUGGCAUCACACAGUCGGAGUUCCUAACGCAGCCUCGACACAGUGUAUUUCUUGAGGCUCGGAAGCGUUUUGGCGUGACAAAUUGCUGGACUCGCGAUGGAUGCAUAUACGUAAUUAGCUCGGAUGGAGUUCGCCAUCGAGUAGAAUCUUUAAACGAGCUUGAUGUUAUAAAUGUUGCAUCGUCUUCGUCUAAGCCUCUUGCAGCGAAUUCACCAGUACAGAUAUUAGAAUCUUGUUCUAAGAGCCAAAAUACUAAGACUAUUGUUAUGCGCCCCAAGCGAGUAAUUAAGAAG